CGCCACGUCAAGCGCGCCAGCAAGAGCGCUAUCCGGCGCCGCCAACAGCGCAACACCAAGCGCACCCGCAAGAGCGCUACCCGUCGCCGUCAGCAGCGCCACGUCAAGCGCGCCAGCAAGAGCGCUAUCCGGCGCCGCCAACAGCGCAACACCAAGCGCACCCGCAAGAGCGCUACCCGUCGCCGUCAGCAGCGCCACGUCAAGCGCGCCAGCAAGAGCGCUAUCCGGCGCCGCCAACAGCGCAACACCAAGCGCACCCGCAAGAGCGCUACCCGUCGCCGUCAGCAGCGCCACGUCAAGCGCGCCAGCAAGAGCGCUAUCCGUCGCCGUCAGCAGCGCACGACAGGCGUACCGAGGCUAGCAGCGCGCCAUUCAACGGCGUCAACAGACCGCUGCUCACCAGAAUUGAAGCCACGCCACUACCACCUAACGAGCCCAUAACGGGACAGGAAGCCGUUACCCAACCACUGCAAGUGACGCCAGCAAGUUUUGUUAUUUGUUAUAUGUUCUUUAUAGAAAUUAAGAAAAUGAAA